AAUGGAUAACUGUAAGGCGGUGAACAUUCCGGUGUCCAAACACCUAUUUUUCUGUGUACCAAGCGUAUAAAAUAUAAAUUUUCUUGCCUGCAUUUCAUAAGCAUCCUACCACAUCAAGCGCUCAUACUUGAAAAAAGCAAACAUUUCGUUUUUAGGAGUCCAUACAGCGAUGGAAGUGUUUCAUUGUACUCCCUCAGAGGAGGAGCUUUUACCAGAACGAGAAAUUCAGUGUACCUUUAAUGGUUGUAAAUCUGUUUUUACAAAUGCGGGUAAUCUGGAUAUGCACCUACAACGGCAUCAUGGUAAAGAGCCUAGCAAAAGAUCAGAUUUUAACGGGAAGCAAUGUGUUUUCCAUUGCCCGAAGAUACAAUGUACAUAUCACGAACACCAUACUAGUAAAAUGCAUUUCAAAACACUAAAAUACUUGCGACAACAUUACAAAAAAGUUCAUGCGUCUAAAAUAAAUAUCUGUGAUAAAUGUGGAAAGGCUUUUAUUAGUGUCAAUCAGUUAAAAACACAUAUGGAGAAAUUGUGCGGCAUCAAAUACACCUGCUUGGAGUGUGGUUGGGAUUAUAGCAGUAAAGAAGCAUUAUUGACACAUGGUAAACGCAAAGGACAUGAGGUGCGAGAUAACGGUUUGGUUGAAAGAAAAUCAAAACAUCUUCAAAAAACACAAUCACAACAAGAAGCAAGCCAAAGUAAUGAUCAGGAAACGCAAACUGAAGGUAAGCGUUCAAUACAAAUUGUUAGAGAUAUUAAUAUAACCCUUUGUUUACCAACAGUUUUGCCUAUGUCAAAAUAUGUUGCAAAGAGCGACAUAUCGACAGAAACAGAAGAUAUCCAUGCAUAUGGUAAACAUGCGUCAACGAAUACACAUUCACCAACUGACAUAGAAACCCAAACAGAAAGUAAUAUGUUAAAUACAAUGCAACAUACCACCUACAACAACUUAAAUACAACAUUGAACAACUCGUUGUCAACUGUGCAGUUCUUGCCUCCUUCUAUCCAUACAUACACACAAACAUACGAUGAUUUGUUCACUGAUUCUCUGCUGGGUUUCACAGAUAUACAAACACAAACCAAUUGGUCUAGUUUUGCUGAUGCCGCCACGGACGCAGCAAGUAACGAAGACGUCUCAGUGCAUCACUAUAACACAUCCAGUGCAGGCACAUGUACACGCUGUGCGUCCGAUGAGUUAUUAGUGUCGACAGAAACCCAAACUAGUUUCACGCAAUGUUUACUCGAAUCCCGCACAGCUAAUGGCGAUACAGAGGAUGGAAACUUUAGCCUGUAUCAAACACAGCAUACGCAAACUUGUGACAUGCUACUGGGUGCACUUUUUGGCGCACAGGAGAGUGAUUUGAUUGGAGGGUUUCAGUCCACCUAUACGCAAACAUGAUGGUUUGACUUGGACUUGCAUGUCAUGGGAGAUAGAGAGGAGCAAAGUUGGAAAAGUCAAGCCGAGUAAAAUUAAAAAAAAAAAAUAUGUAUUUUACAACUAUUGUAUAUUUUAUUUUAUGUACUAUUAGAAAACUUAAUUGAUACUAUUUAUUAAUAACAAAUAACUGUUUCUUAUAAAAUAACAAUAAUCAAUAAUAUAAAAUAAUAAAAAUUCGACCUACUUUGAUAGCUCAGGUUGAUAUAUAUAAUUAAUAAAAAAAUAACUCGUAAUUAAGAGCUUUAUAAACUAAAA